UCUGAUUACUGUACGUACUGGCAUCAAAGACCAGCCACCCCCGGCAAUUGCUCGUCCAGAAAGCUGCGUUGCAUUAAGAAUAGUACCAAAGUGUCUGAUGGACAUAGACGAUAAUGAUUUCCUGCAACAUAUAAUACAGCUUAACAACAAAGAAUUUCCUCGAGUAUAUUAAUCCAAUACAAACUUCAGUAAUGAAUGUAUGUAAAAUGAUUAAAAUCCCGAGAUCCAAACCAAAAAUGUCUGUAAUUCUCAGGUGAGUUAACAUUUGUUGAUUUAUAGUGAAAACUUCAAAUAUUGAAUCAAAAAAUCGAUGCUAUCAAAUUUGAAUAUACAUACGGCAAAAUAUUGAAAACCCCUGAUACAAAUUUUCCAAACAUUUUUAUAGUUUCGCCGUUUCGCUUCCAGAAAAGUUUCGAGGUUGUGUUUCUUCGGGGUAGGGUACAAGGUAGGGAUAGUAUUUUUUCAGAGUUGGCUAGUGACUUUCGGACGACCGGAAGUAGUGACUAGUGACUACGCCAUUUUUGGCCAAUCCACGAAAAUAAAUGUCGACAGGCACGUGUCACACAAAGUAAUUGUGGAAUAAACGCACAGUGGGAUUUUUUAAUAAUUAUACUUUUUUUCAAUAAUAUUUUCAAAUACAAUGGGAGCUGAACUUAAAGAACUUGCUACAGAGUUGUAUGAAAUAGGGGCUUUUAAAUUCGGCGAGUUUGUAACGAAAGUUGGGUUGAAAACGCCGGUAUACAUAGAUCUCAGGGUGAUCAUUUCACAUCCUAAAGUUCUUCGUAAACUAUCGUCAGUGCUGUGGGAACUUUCAGGAAAACCUGAAGAAAUUCAACAAAUAUGCGGUGUUCCUUAUACAGCACUACCGAUAGCAACUCUCAUUUCAGCAGAGUCCAAUAUUCCUAUGGUAAUACGUCGCAAAGAAGUCAAGUCUUAUGGCACAAAAAAGCUUAUUGAAGGAAAUUUCAAAAGCGGCGAUAAUUGCGUAAUCAUUGAAGAUAUUGUUACAAGUGGAAGCAGUAUUUUGGAGACUGUGUCUGAUCUGAGAAAAGAAGGUCUAACCGUUACAGAAGCUUAUGUGGUUGUUGAUCGCGAACAAGGAGGAAGAAAAAACAUUGAGAGCAAUGAAAUUCAGAUGAAAAGUCUUUAUACCUUGACAGAACUGAUGGGAUAUUUGUUGGAAGCCAAAAAAGUUACUGAGGAAACUGUUGAAAAUGUGACCAAAUAUCUCAAGGAAUGCAGAGCACCCAAAAAAACAAUCACCAAAGAGGAUGGUACCAAACGGCUGAAGCUGAGUUUUUCAUCAAGAGCGAAGCUAUCGAAGAGGCCUAUGGCUACGAAACUUUUUGAAUUGAUGGAUACGAAGGAAACGAUGAUUUGUCUGGCGGCUGAUUUAACGAAAACGGAUGAGAUUUUGGAGCUCGCUGAUUUGACAGGGCCACACAUAGCUGUGCUCAAGAUACACGUGGACAUAAUUGAGGACUUCAAUGACAAUUUUAUCAACAAUUUGAAGCAAUUGUCGACGAAGCAUAAUUUUUUGUUGAUGGAAGACAGAAAAUUCGGUGACAUCGGGAACACGGUCUCGUUGCAGUAUUCUAGAGGUAUUUACAAAAUUUCCCAGUGGGCUGAUUUGAUAACAGCUCAUACCAUCUCUGGAUACGGGAUUCUCAAUGCCUUCGAGACAGCAUUGAGAGGAAAUUCCGAAAAUCGCGGAAUUUUCUUAAUUACUGAAAUGUCAUCAAAGGGCGCGCUUACUACGGAAUCUUAUGCGAAAGAAUCUGUCAACGUUGGAACCCAAUCAGAUUUAGUCAUUGGUCAUGUCUGUCAGUCAAAUGUUUUCUCCGAUCCGAGCUUGAUUCAAUUGACACCUGGCGUCAGAAUUGCCAAAGCCUCCGAUGACUUGGGCCAGCAAUACAAUUCUCCAGAAUCCGUCGUUAAUUCCGGAGCUGAUUUAGCCGUGGUGGGCAGAGGCAUUACCGAAGCUAAUGACAAAUUGAAAACUUUAUUACAAUAUAAAACGCAAUUGUGGUCCGCUUACAAACAACGAUUGAGCAGUUGAGACGCUCGGAUUAUUUUUGUAACAUCUUCAGCCACAUUUUAAUCCAAUCACAGUUCACGGUCACUUGAAUGACUUGUUCACGUACACGAACGAUUUUGAUGGAGUUAUUUAUUUUUGUAUUGGUGAAUUCAUCAAAGUUCUUUGAAAAUCAUCAAAUAUUGAAAUUUUCAUUGAAUAUCGUCGAUAUCGUAAUGUGUAGUCUCAACAAAGCCGACUACGAAAAAUGUGAUGAAAAAAUUUCUCGAUUGUUGCUUCGGAAAUCAAUAAUGAAUCGUCGUAUAUCGAAUAAUCGAAUAGUCUAUUGUAACUAAUCGAGCACAAAGAAUUUUCAUUUCGAUAGAAAAUACGAUUUAUUUUUGAUUCUGUACAAUGUAUUAUAGAUAGAAAAAUCAUGAUUCUUUAGACCGCAUAAAAUUAUGAAUCCGACGUUAGUUUAUAAAAAAGUAAAUACAUUCUGUUUGACGAGUA